AGCUUCACGUGGUGGAAUUUCAAGAUGUCCGCAUCAAGGGUUUUAAUUUACGGAGGAAAAGGCGCGUUGGGAGCUACCUGUGUAUCUUAUUUCAAGUCCAAAAACUGGGUAAGUAACUUAUAAUAACUUCCGCGGGGAUGUAAGACGUUUCUGUGGCCUAAGCAGACUUCUGUAUUUAGAACCGUAGCAUAUGCCUAUUAUGCCUUCACCCUUAGAUUCUAUCUCUCGCAAAAUACUAAUCCGUUUUUCGUCAAAGUGAAAUUUAAGAAAGUUCACCGUCCCAAACGUGAGGUGUAUCAGUAUAAACUUUCUGUCUGCGUACUAGCUUUUUACUAGCUUGCGUGCCUGCCACGUACGGAGGCUAGCUUUUUACUAAUUUCAUUCACAUCAACUUUCAUAGUGGGUAGCAUCAAUAGACUUGUUUCCUAACGAAGAUGCACAUGCAAAUCUCGUUGUUACCAAGACUGAAUCGUGGACUGAACAAAAUGAGGAGGUAAGAAAAUUCCGGUAAUAAAUAAUAUUUAAUAUUUAUUUUUCAAAUUAACAACAUUAUUGAAAAUGGGUUAUUUUUAAGUAUUGAUGUUUUUAAUUGAAAGUAGACACCUUGAAAAAUAAAGGGAAAUUUUAAAGCCAGAAAGCAAAGACUUCAUGCACUAUUUUUAUUUUUAGAACUCUCAGAUAAUUUUUUUCUUUCACGAAAAGCAACAGCCAGUUGCCUUCCCAAACAUAAUCUACUAUAGAUGCAUUUAAAUUCAUCACCAAUAGAUGAGCUUGGGCGCUGAUGCCUACAAAGUUGUUGGAGCUGGGCAAUGCUCUAGCAUUAGGAGGAGGUAUCCAUGGCAACCCUGCAAGCGGCCCCCACCAGGCACCAUGUGUCACACUGAACAAUUCAGCGGAAUACUUACCAACCAAUGCUUACUUGGUCCUGACCUAAAGAGGGAGGGAGGGAUAAUAAAAAACAGCACAAAAUGGCAAAUAAGCAACAAGCUAUCCGACAACACUUUGCGAAGAACCACAAGCAAGCAACUGCGUAUGCAAGUCACCAGGUGACCCUGCUAGGGGCAUUGGGCCACCCCUAGCACACCUGGAAAAACUGCUGACCAGCAUUGCUUCGAGUUUAACUUUGUCUAAAAUAUUACAUUUAGCCACAUGUGUUGAACUGUAGCAUUUUGUUAGUCUCCAUCACAUGAUCACAGCCACUCGAGUCUGAGUCAUACAACGCUCCCCCUGAGCAUUGUUUGACUGGAGUGGGUCUAAUGGAGACUAACAUUUCACAGAACUUAUAGAAUCUAAUAAUGUGAUAAUUAACAAGCUGCUUUUUUUAGAUCCAGCCUAAAGUUGAGGCACUUCUGGAUGGUAACAAACUUGAUGCAAUUAUAUGUGUUGCCGGAGGCUGGGCAGGUGGAAGUGCUAAAAGUAAAGGUACAAAAAAUAUGUGUACUAAUGAAUUUAAUUAUGAUUUUUAUUUUAUUUUAUUAUUUUUUUGUGCUCAACAUUUUUUACAAACAUUGCUUGUCUUCAUAUUUUCUUAUGAGGUAUAUUAUUUUAAUUACUGGUCAUUAUACUCCAACAUAGUGAAUUUUAGAUAGUUACGUGUUUGUGAAACACACUUCCCAUGGCUUUUUGUUUUACCAGCUGUCAAAACAAACAGCCUUGCAGAUCGAUACCAGACAUUAGGGGUUAACGUUUAAGCCUAGACGAAAUUUAUUAAAAUUCCCAUUUUCUGUUCGUAUACUUUUCCUGAAGUAGUAAGAAUAAGUUGUUGGAGUAUCAAUUAAAUUUAUCUUGUGUGAUAUUAUGUCCUUAAAUUAAUUCCCAUCGCCAAUCUGUUUUAUAAAGUGUUGAUAUGACAGGGAGAAACUCGGCGAUGAUCAUGGCUUAAUACAAGGGUUUAUUACUUUGUACUUUUCUUCUACAUGUUUUUUUCAAUCAGCUGUGGUGAAGAAUGCUGACUUAAUGUUUAAGCAGAGUGUGUGGACAUCACUCAUUGCUGCCAGCAUUGCAUCAAAACACUUAAAAGAGUAAGUGAAUGAUACCAGAGAAUCCUGAUCAAUUUCUAAAACCCUCAGUUGUUUUGAAAGAACUGGCUAAUUUAGGUCAUUAAAACCUAACUUCCCUUUUUAGCUGCCCAAUAAUUCCAACCAAUUUACUUUUCCCAAGGUGGUUUGAAAAGUUGGGAAUCUACCAUUAUUGGUUUUUAAAUUCGAAGUUGACACAGUCCAACCUUAGGAAGUUGAUACUCAUUGCUUAAUCUUUCUGUGAAUUCUUGACCCUUAAAUUAUUGCCUACUGUACUUCAUGUUUUCAGUAAUGGACUGCUUACACUGACUGGAGCCCAGCCUUCUCUUAGCGGUACACCAGGUGUGGCUCUUAAGUAUUUGCUCAAUAUCAGACCAGAGUAGAAACUUGCUUGAGGUUCCCAUCUGACUGUAGCCAAUGUUACUUAUCAACUUGUGCAGACCCUUUGUAAAACUUAAUGGCAGCUAGUUAUUUGAAUGUUUGAAGUUUGUUAAUUAUUUACUAUACAGUGUUGAGUCACAGACCCGUACAGGGCUGUAGCUCACAGUAAGUAACGAGAUCAAGAGACACUUGCAUUUUGCCUCGUUAAGAUUUUUGCUUUUUCCUUGUGACAGCCUGCUACCAGCUAGGACCCAAUUAGCUGUUCAGUUCAGUGCAUACCUUGCUGCUUGUAACGCUUGCCUCCUCUGUUUUGAGCACUUAGUGAUAACCUUACUGUGGGGUUGUUCUGUAACACAUAGAAAUCUAUUUUUUGAAAGGGUAGAGACAUCAGAUUUUUUGGUGGGAAACAUCUGUAAGUUGUAACUUUUCAGUAGGGCUAGUAUGCCUAAUGUGUGCUUACAAAUGAAAGAAUUUUAUUUUAAAAGAAGCAACAACAAGGUAGUUAUUUUCUUAUUAUUUCAGGAAUGUUGGGUUAUGGAAUGGCGAAGGCUGCAGUUCACCAGUUGGUAAAAGGACUGGCUGAAGAGAAAGGAGGACUUCCUCCAAGUGCCUCUGUUCUUGCCAUUUUACCGUAAGUUACAUUAGAACCACUCAGUAUUGGUUGUUCCCUUUGGCAUGAGUCUUAAGAUGUUCAAGACAUGCCACAAAAAUGAUAUUUUUCUUGUUACAGUGAAGCCCUGCCAUACUUCCACCCCACAAACACAACUGCCUUAUUAUUUUAAAAUCUCUUUUGUGGCAUGAAUACCUGUUCUAUCAGUCAUUCCUAAUUCUACAUCUUUUUUUUAACCUUUAAGUCCCAAGAGACAACCAUUAAGAGUUAAAACAACCAACACCUGCCUUUUGAAAUCCAUAGUUAUUAGCUUCUUUAGAUUUUUUUAGCUCUUUAAUAUGACCAGUCAGUUGAAUGCUGAUGCCUGAUGGUUAAUUUAGGGGAACUGAUCAAUAACCAGAAACCCACAACUCACUUUAUUGAUAACUGGUCAAAUAGUUAAUAUGUAUUGUUCAGCAUUUGAGUAAAAUGUGUGAUUUUGAAAAGGUUGAUAAUCUAUAGUAAGUUAUACUUUUCUUACAUUUUACAAAGGCCUUGAAUGGUACUAUAUACCCUGUUGAUAUGACCUUGUUUCCAUGGCCCAGUGGUAGUCACAUUGACAGUGUUCCAUUGUACUGAUACCCUGCAUAGAAGGCGCUGGGGAAAUUUAUGGAGUAAAAUAGGAACAGCAACAUUAUCAUCCUGACGUAUGCUCUCCUUACUCAUGUGCAUCGCUUGUCUUGCACCCGAUAUGACUUCUUAUCAGCUUGCCACACAGGCUACUGAACUGAAGGCACAAGUGAGCUAAGUUGACUGAUACUGAAAGCAAAUUAAUGUGGCUACUCUAAUUACUUUUAAUAGGAUGACUUUGGAUACCCCUGGGAACAGGAAGGGGAUGCCAAAUGCUGAUUUCACUCAGUGGACACCUCUGGAGUAUGUGGCAAAGUAAGUGUGUAGUAUACUUUAAAUUGGUUAUGGACCUUUCUUGCAUUCCACUACAGUGAACAAACACAGUGAAACAGUUUCAAAGACUGAUGGACAAGCAUUUUUUGGGAGUCCAAAAAGUUACCAGUGUUUUUGAGAAGCAGACCUAUGGACCUAUUCUGCCCUGAUAUUGUAAACAACCUUUAUUAUUGAAAACAAGACAAGAUCAGUGGCAGAUCCAGGGUAGGGGACCGCCCCCCCUUAUUUUUAGACCAAACUGAGGGGCCAAAAAAAUUUUUUGCGAUACUGCUCCCCAUUGUCGCAUGGUUUUGAAGACCUUUCCCCCCCCGCCCUCAAAUUUUGUGCGGUUCUUACUAUGGUGUUUUUAUUACAAUUUUUUCAUUUGUUAUUUUUAAAAAUAUAUUGGAGAGGAAUUAAGAAAGUAAGGUAAUGAGACGUAUACAUGUAAACAACCUUUUUUAUUGGAAACAAAACAAGAUCAGGGGCAGAUCCCGGGUGGGGGGCCGCCCCCCCUUAUUUUUAAACCAAACGGGGGGGCCAAAAAAAUUUUGUGCGAGGCUGCCCCCCCUUUUCCUAGGGUCUUGAUGACCAGCCCCCCCCCCCCCCUUAUCUGAAGGUCUGGAUCUGCCACUGAGGAUACAAGCUACUACUCUUGAUAGACUGCUACGAACAAGUUACAUGUGGUGAAUGAGUCAAACAGAGGAGAAGACCUCUUUCCAGUUCUCUUCAAAGCUCGUUCCCUCUCUUCAGUCCUGCCAAGUCUUUCCCCCACGGGAGGGGAGGGGGGGGGAUGGGGGCAGGGGUACUCCCACAUGAAAGGGGUGUGGGGAUGCUGGUCGUCUCACUCAGGCUCUUCUGGGCAAAACGCCAUUAUAUUAAGCUGCAAUCGUUGGGCCACGCCCAGAUUGGUCUCCUUUAGGGGUGUAAUUCAAAAUUUCCAGUGAGCAUCCCCACCCAUUUCAUAUGGGAGUCCCCCUCCACGGGAUCUGUCCAAAAUUGGACUACUUUUAGGUUAUUCUCUCAACUGGGUCGUGUCUUUCUUACAGCUUGUUAUUUGAAUGGGCCCAGGGCACUGAUGUCCCAAGCCGAGGAAGUUUGGUGAAACUUAAUACAAAAGAUGGCAACUCCUCGUAUGAGAUUCACCCUGGGGGACUGCUGUGAUUAUCAUACAAUUAAAACCAUUCCAUUGUCUCCCUUAUCCUCUGCAUAUUAAUACAACAAGAACACAAGAACAGCUAUAAAAUGAAGUGGAAAAUCCAGGAUAGAAUUUGUUAGGACAGCUGACUAAGGCAGAAAAAAUGACCGUAUGAAGUCUUUUAAUAUUUUGAUGCUUGAGAAAAA